ACCCACCAAUACCGCACAUUCCUCGCUCAAGUCAGGAAUCUCACGUUUGGCAAUCACACCAUCAAAGUCAUCAACCGCGGCUCGAGCACAUCGACCACGAGUGUGUUGGAUAUUGACGCGUUUGUGGUUGAGACGAGGGGAAGAGGAGAUGUGCUUUCUGUGAAUGGCGCGACGGUCGCGAGUGGGAACAAGACGGUCGAUUUACCCCUCCUCAUGUUUGACGACUCGCAGACGCAAGCCGGCAACAACAAGGUCACCUGGUCAGAGGGAUGGGAAGACGAUAGUGUCAGCCUCCCUAACAAGGGAUUCCUGAACGCACGAGACCAACAAAAAGGGCUCUACUGUGACAUUCGACUUUUACGGAGAGGGCAUCCAAGUCAUUGGUGGUAUUGGACCCAACAAUACCCAGUAUACUGUUCAACUCGACAGUGA